AACUUUCACCAAGAUUAGACGCUGAAUGCAUUCUCAUUUCUCGAGAAGCAGUUCUAAUCAAAAUUAGGACAAAGUAUUACACGUGUUAGUAUCGUUCAUAAGUAUUUUAGAUCCUAGAAAAAUGGCAGUAGAUCGAGCUAAAAUCAGAUUUAGCAAUAUUCCUGGUCAAGAAGACGACACAUUCUUGGAAAAUCAAACAAACAAGGAAGCAGGAAAAAUCCCACAGCCAUAUCCGCUUUGGUGGUCAAAACGAUUUUUAAUCCUGAUCUUGCUAUUUCUCGGGUAUUUUUUCUCGGUCCUAGUAAAAGUUAGCGUUAAUAUAGCAAUUAUCGAGAUGACUGGAAAUAAAACACACAUCAACGCUGAGAACGAAACGAUUUACAAGCCACCGGAUUUCAAUUGGGAUUCCAAAGAAAUUGGAAUUGUUUUAAGCUCUCAGUCGUGCGGCUACUUCUUCAGUAUUCUUGGAGGAUAUUUUGCUACUAAAUUUGGCGGUUCUAUAGCAUACGGUUGGUUCACUAUGGUGAUGUCUUUGAUAAUCAUCAUGAAUCCGAUCAUUUUGCAGUGGAGUUUUCAUGCGUUCAUAGCGAGUAGGGUUUUGGCUGGUCUUUUUGAUGGUAUAGGUUAUGCCAGUACCGCUGAAGUAUUCUCAAGAUGGAUACCUACUAGAGAAAGAUCGAGAUUCAUGGCGAUCAUUUUUACUGGAGUGUACAUCUCUGUAGCAGUUUCCUACCCGAUAUGUGGAUACGUGGCGUAUUAUUGUGGAUGGCAAAUGAUAUUUUAUCUAGCAGGUGGGAGUUGUUUCAUAUGGUCAGUUAUUUGGCUCAUUAUAGUACGAAACGAACCUUCCGAAGAUAAACUAAUCUCUAAAGAAGAGCUAUCAUACAUUUUAAAUGAAACUGAAACAUCACCUAGGAAUGAAAUUAUUCAUCCGUAUAAAGAAAUCUUCAAGUCACCUCCAGUUUGGGCUUUGGGUGUAGCAAAAUUUACAUAUGGUAUAGGAUUCUCCAUCAUAGUCACUUAUCUUCCUCAAUAUGUAAGGGACAUAACAAAAAGGGAAAUAAACGAGGUCGGAGUUAUCGCUUCGAUUCCAAAUUUCAUCUGCAUCGUUAUGACGCCAAUAGUAGGAGCAAUUAUAGACUACUUGCAAAAUAAUCAUAAUCUAAAACCAUCUCGAGUUCAUAAGAUAUUGAUGACUUUUGGCUAUGCAACUGGAUCCAUUCUAUUUGUAGUAGCUGCUCUCGGCAAUAAUUUUAUUUUGUCUAUGACGUGUUUUGUACUAAUCAAGCUGUUCUUGUCAUUCAAUUUUCUCAUCGUACAAUUGAUCUGCCUUUACAUGGCACCCAGACACUCCAGUAUUUUAUUGGGAAUAUCUGCAAGCUGGUAUGUUAUAAGCCAUGUUGCAGUACCCUCAACCGUAGGAUUCAUCGUCGUGAACCAUAAACUUCAAGAAUGGAAUACGUGUUUUCUACUAACGGCGGGAAUUUUGAUAGUUGGAGCUAUUGUGUACAUGAUUUUUGGUUCGAGUGAACUUCAGCCUUGGGCAGAGUCAAAUAUUGAGGACAAAAAUACAGAUUUGGCCAAAACAGAGGAGAAUCAAUGCGAAAAAUAAUUCACGGUUCGGAUAAUUUCAACAAUGUAAUACGUGCUUAAAAAUGGUUCAUCUCACUUUUUUCAUUUAACUGAUAACUACCUACCUAAAUGCAACGAUUAAAUAUAACACCACAUUUUGAAAAUUUUA